AUGGACGAGGAGACGAACGAGGAGGAGGAGGAGGAGUACGAGGAGGCGGACGAGGAGGAGGAGGACGAGGAGGAGGAGGAGGAGUACGAGGAGGAGAAUGUAAAGAAGCAGAAUUUAACAAAGCAGAAGGUAACAAAGCAGAAGGUAACAGAGCAGAAGGUAACAGAGCAGAAGGUAACAGAGCAGAAGGUAACGGAGCAGAAGGUAACAGAGCAGAAGGUAACAGAGCAGAAGGUAACAGAUCAGAAGGUAACGGAGCAGAAGGUAACAGAGCAGAAGGUAAUGGAGCCGAAGACAAUGGAGCAGAAGGUAAUGGAGCAGAAGGCUCCAAACCCAGCCUCACAUCCCCAGUCUCCCAUCCCCAUCCGUAGCCUCCCAUCCCCAGCCUCCCGUCCACAGCUUCCCAUCCCCAGCACCAGCCUCCCAUCCCCAGUCUCCCAGCCUCCCAUCCCCAGCCCCAUCCCCAGCCCCAGCCCCAGCCUUCCAUUCCCAGCCUCCCAUGCCCCUCCCCAGACCCAGCCUCCCAUCCCAACCUCUCAGCCCCAGGCCCAUCCUCCCAUCACAAGCCCCACCUCCCUUCCCCAGCCCCAGCCCCAGCCUCUCAUCCCCUGCCUCCCAACACCAUCCACACAGCCUCUCAUCCCCAUGUCCACCUCCGAGCCCCAGCCUCCCAACCUCAGCCUCCCAGCCCCAUUCUUCCAGCCCAAGCCCCAGCAUUCCAUCCCCAGCCUCCCAGCCCCAGCCUCCCAUACCCAGCCUCCCAGCCCCAUCCACGGCCUCCUAUCCCCAUCCCCACUCCCAGUCUCCCAUCCCCAGCCUCUCAUCCCCAGCCCCAACCUCCCACCCCAAGCCCCACCUCCCUUCCCCAGCCCCAGCCUCUCAUCCCCUGCCUCCCAACACCAUCCACAGCCUCUCAUCCCCAUCUCCAGGCUCCCAUCCCUGUCUCCCAUCCCCAUCCCCACCUCCCAUCCACAGCUCCAGCCUUCCAUUCCCAGCCUCCCAUCCCCAGCCUCCCAUCCGCCGGCCUCCCAGCCCCAGCCUCCCAACCCCAAUCUCACACCCCCAGCCUCCCAUCCCCAGCCUCCUAUCCCCAUCCACAGCCUCCUAUCCCCAGCCCCAGUCUCCCGUCCACAGCUUCCCAUCCCCAGCACCAGCCUCCCAUCCCCAGUCUCCCAGCCUCCCAUCCCCAGCCCCAUCCCCAGCCUUCCAUUCCCAGCCUCCCAUGCCCCUCCCCAGACCCAGCCUCCCAUCCCAAGCCCCAGCCUCCCAGCCCCGGCCUCCCAUCCCCAGCCUCCCAUCCCCAGCCUCCCAGCCCCAGCCUCCCAACCUCAGCCUCCCAUCCUCAUCAACAGCCCCAGCCUCACCCAACCCCAGGCCCCCUGUCCUCAGAAGUACCACAGGGGUUCACCAGAGGGGGUGGAUACACAGUGGACCUCCAGAAACAACCCAGGGGUUCACCAGAGGGGGUGGAUACACAGUGGACCUCCAGAAACACCCCAGGGACAGCUGGAGGGGGUGGAUACACAGUGGGCCUCCAGAAACACCCCAGGGGUUCACCAGAGGGGUGGAUACACAGUGGGCCUCCAGAAACACCCCAGGGACAGCUGGAGGGGUGGAUACACAGUGGACCUCCAUAAACACCCCAGGGACAGCUGGAGGGGGUGGAUACACAGUGGGCCUCCAGAAACACCCCAGGGACAGCUGGAGGGGGUGGAUCUGUAUUAA